AUGUCAAAAACGCACGUUGUUACCGAAGAGGAGCCGGAGAAAUUAGGUCAAAUUUACUACACCCCGGAACAUCUGUGGAUCGGACGGAAAGCUAUUAAAUUACUUGCGAAGGAGAGUGGUCUCCCGAAAAAGCUAGUAAUUCAUUGGCCGAAACGUAUUGACUACCCCCAUUUUACCAUUACGACACCAAAUGAAAUGCACCAAUUCGAUCUGUUUUAUAUGCCACAUGACAAACUAUAUGGUAAUACGUACAAGUACAUUCUGAUAGGCAUUGACGUAGCCUCGCGUUACAAAGUGGCAAGGCCGUUGCGCACAAAGAAAGCCAGCGAGGUCGCCGACAUGAUCAAAGAUAUCUACAAAGCCGGACCCUUACACUACCCCAAAACCUCCCAAUGCGAUAAUGGCUCUGAAUUUAAAUCGGACGUAACCAAACUACUUGAGGUGUUGAAAUUAGGCGGGCAACCACAAAGUAUCACCAUACAUUCACGGCUUUCGUGGAGUCUUACAACAAGGUACUUGCGGAAAGGCUAUUCAAACAUCAGGAUGCCCAGGAAUUAUCUUUGGGUCAAGCAUCUGUAUACCAUCGUGAAAGGUCUCAAUAAUACCAAGACAGCUAUGAUUGGUAUGAAACCUAACAAAGCGAUCAAACUGGAUGAUGUACCACUCGCAAAAAGUGAAGAAUAA